AUGAGAUGGACUUAUUGCAGUCUCCUUUUCCUAUUUGUGCUCUGCUUGGAGAUAGCUGUUGAGAGUGCUAGAGUUGGGAGGAUGUUGAGCUAUGAAGAUUAUGGAAAGGGUGGUUACCAGAAUAACUAUUGGGGAAAUGCUAAUUAUGGAGGGUAUGGACCCGGGGGAGGUGGGGGAGGCUAUGGUUCAGGCGGUGGAAGUAGUGGUGGGUACAUUGGCGGUGGCUCUGGAGGAAAUGGAUAUGGUUCGGGUGGUGGCAAUGGCAAUGGCGGCGGGUAUGAUGGUGGUUGGAACGGUGGAGGUGGAGGUGGAGGUGGCGGUGGUUCUGGAGGUGGAGGGGGUGGUGGUUCGGGACAAGGCUCUGUGGGGAAUGGGUAUGGCUCAGGUGGUGGUAGUGGCAGUGGGUUUGGUGGUGGAGGUGGCUCAGGAGGAGGAGGAGGAGGAGGUGGUGGUGGCGGCGGUGGAGGGAGCAAUGAAUACGGGUGGGGGGGAAGUAAUGGUGGAGGAAGUGGUUAUGGGUCGGGAUCAGGGUCAGGUUAUGGUGGUGGCAAUGGAGGAACUGGUGGGGGAGGGUCUGGUGGCGGCAGUGGUGGUGGGGGAGGGUAUGGAAAUUCUGGUUCUGGUUCAGGGUCUGGAUAUGGUUCUGGGUCGGGGUCUGGAGGUGGCUCUUAUGGAACUCCAGGCAAGAAUUAA